AUGAGCGAUUUUGAAUCAGAUAUAUUUGAUGAUGACAUUGAUGAUCUAGAAUUAACCGAAAGAACUCAGUUUCAACCUUUAUCUACAGUCACUUCUAACAACAACAAUAAUAACCACCCCAAUAAUCAACCACAAUAUUACCAAAUUAAUCAACCAGUAGUCAGAGUAAACUCAAAAACUCACCAUCUUUUAAAUCACGAUAACCUACCUUCCUAUAUUUAUCCAACAAAUUUCGAAAUCAGAGAUUACCAAUUCAAUAUCAUUAAACAAGCCCUAUUCAAAAAUGUUCUUGUUGCUCUACCAACUGGUUUGGGUAAAACUUUUAUUGCAAACACUUUAAUCUUAAAUUAUUACCGUUGGUUAAAAGAUGCUAAAUUAAUCUUCAUGGCUCCCACAAGACCCUUGGUGGCUCAACAAAUCAAAACAUGCUUAUCACUAACAGGAAUUCCAACUGAUGAAAUUGCAAUUCUAUUAGAUAAAUCAAGAAAAAACAGACCUGAAAUCUGGAACUCAAAAAGAGUCUUCUUCACUACUCCACAAGUAGUUGAAAAUGACUUGAAAACUGGGUUUUUAAACCCCAAAUCCAUCGCUUUGUUAAUUGUUGAUGAAGCCCAUAGAGCUAAGGGUAAUUACGCCUACAAUAAUAUCAUCAAAUUUAUCACUAGAUUCACUUUAUCCUUCAGAAUUUUGGCUUUAACUGCCACUCCAGCUUCUGAUAUUCCCGGUGUUCAAGAAUUGGUCGAUAACUUGUUAAUCUCAAAAAUCGAAAUUAGAUCAGAAAAAAGCGAUGACACAAUCAAAUAUAUCAAACAAAAGGAAAUAAUUAAAAUCAUUGUUUACCCUGAAAUGGAAUGCCAGGAAAUUAGUGAAUUUAUUAAUUAUAUCUCAAUCGCAAUUGAGCCCACUUUGAAAAUUGCAAUUAAAAACAAAGUUUAUGAAAAUGUCCAUCCUUCAAAUAUCAAUUUCUUUAAGGCAAUGCAAGCUUCUCAAAAAGUUAUUUCAAAUCCAAGAUAUAACGAAGGUUUGAAAUGGUAUUUAUAUUUUAUUCUACAAUUACUAGCUCAAGUUGGUCAAAUGCUAAGAAGAUUAAAUGUUUAUGGAGUUAGAACUUUUCAUUCCUAUUUAUUAAAUAAAUAUAAAGAAAUUACAACCAAAUUUGAAACUGGAAAGUCUAAAAAUAAAACUUCCUCUUCUUUUUAUAAUGAUAUUAAUAUAAAUAAAAUUUUAAAAAAAUCACAAUCCCUAUUAACUGAUCCAAAAUAUCUAGGUCAUCCAAAACUAAUUAACUUGGUUGACCAAUUAAAAUUUUUCUUUAAUGAUCCCAAAACGAAUUCAAAUUCAAGAGUCAUUAUUUUUACUGAAUUGAGAGAAUCUGCUUUAGAAAUCGUUAAAGCUAUUGAAAACCAUAACAUAAAAAAUCUUUUGAAACCUCAUAUUUUCAUUGGUCAAUCUAAAGAAAAAGAAAAAUUUGAUGAAGACUCAUUUAGAGAAAAAGCAAAACCAAAAGGCAGAAAAAAAAAAGCUAAAGCAAAUAUUGAAACUGAAAAAAUCGAAAAACAAAAAAAGAUAGAAGAAGAAAAACUAUUGAAAAAAAAGCAAAAACAAGAAAGAUCAACAACUAGGGUUGGCAGUUCUGAAGACGCUCAGCUCAAUGGAAUGAAUCAAAAAAUGCAAAAACAAUUGAUUGUUGAUUUUCAAAAAGGUAUAUAUAAUAUCCUUGUUGCCACAUCAAUUGGUGAAGAAGGUUUAGAUAUUGGAGAAGUUGACUUAAUUAUAUGUUACGAUUCAACUUCUUCACCAAUUAAAAAUAUUCAAAGAAUGGGAAGAACUGGUAGAAAACGAGAUGGGAAAAUUGUUCUCUUAUUAACUGAAGCUGAAAAUAAAAAAUUUGAAAAUUCAAUGGAAACCUAUAAUUUUGUUCAAAAGAGCGUAUUACAGGAUAAUAUAAUAAACUUGAAUAAAUCUGACCGGAUUAUACCAAAGGAUGUAACUCCAAUUUGCGAAAAAUUAUUUAUAGAAAUUCCAGAAGAAAAUAUUGAAAUUAAUAAUACUGAAGAUAAUGAUGAACUCAUAAAAAUUAUGACACAAAAAACGAUUGGAAAAAAAGUAAAGCCUGGAAAAAAUAAAACUAACAAACCACAUCAAAGUUUGAUAACUGAACCAAUAAAACAAACUAAAAAGCCCAAGAAAAUAUUUUUUAUGCCUGAUAAUGUUGAAACUGGCUUUAAGGCAGCGUCAAAAUUAGUUAAAAAA